AUGGCUGCACUGGUGCAGUCGUCCCUGGCUGCAGUUAUCGGAGCCCAGCGGGGCGAAGAGGAAGACGCUCUCGAUGCGACCGCCCAGCGCCGUGGCGCGCCCGUGCUGUUCGCGGUGGCGGCCGUCAUCACGCUGCCCAUCGUGGCGCUGGUGCUGUUCGCCGUGCUGGCCAAGACGCAGAUAAACGUGCAAGUGGACGCCGCAUGGGGCACGUACCACGGCUCGCACGAGCGUGUCGAAGGCGGACUCGAGUGCGACAGCUUCCUGGGCAUCCCGUUCGGCAACGCGACGGGUGGCGAGCUGCGGUUCCGGAGGCCCGUGCGUCCCGGCCAGUGGGCGCAACAGACCACGGCGGGCAGCGCCCCGUGCCUGCAGCAGCCGCUACGCAUCGGCAACUUCUCCGUGUACGACGCAGCCAACAGUGGCUCGGAGGACUGCCUGCGGCUCAACGUGUGGACGCCCAGCAUCAACGCAAAGGGUCUUCCGGUGCUCGUGUUCCUGCACGGCUUCCAGUUCUACUACGGAGGCAACAGCCAGGACUCGUUGCGCGGUGAACUGCUGUCGGCGCUGGGCAACCUGGUGGUCGUGGUACCCAACUUCAGGCUCGGCCCGUUGGGCUUCCUCAGGGCGAACGCGAGCAGCGAGUCUUCUCCCGGCAACUUGGCGCUGUACGACCAGCGCCUGGCGCUCGAGUGGACGCGCGACAACGUGCGCUUCUUCGGCGGCGACCCAGACCGCCUGGUGCUACACGGCUACGAGGCCGGUGCCGUAUCCGUCGGCUACCAGCUGCUUUCGCCCGAACCCCACUGGGUCAAGGAGGUGCCCAGGUACAAGAACGGCCGCAAAAUCGAUCGGUUGAUUCUGCAAAGCGGCUCUGCGCUGCGCCUCUUCAAGAACAACACGGGCGAGGCCAGCUUGCGCAACGUGCGCUCGCUCCAGGUGAAUCUCAAGUGCAAAACUACGGACGACGUGUCACAGCUGGCGAUCGAAUGCCUGCGCAAGGUGGAGCCCGAGCUGUUCGUGCAACGCAGAGCGCACAAAGACAUCGACUUUGUGUUCGGACCAAGCUUCGACACAGAGUUCCUUCCUGGCGACGUGCUGUCUUCGUGCCCGGUGCAAUACCUGGGGGAGCACCUGUCUUCCGGCAAUAACCGCGUCUACAGCUACUUGUUUGUGCACAAGCCGAGCUUCAGCGGCUGGGCCGAUUCGUUUCCGGCGCAGUACGAGGACCUGGACUUCGUGUUCGGGGUGCCGCUUCGCCGCGGUUUGGGAACGCCCCAGGAGCAGGACCUCAGCCGCAGGCUCAUAAAGCUCGUGGCCACUUUCGCGAACCAAGGGGUGCUGCCUCAGCUGCGCGAAGGGGGCGAGUGGCCCGAGUUCAGGGGCUUAGGCAACGACACGGUUGCGAUCGCACUCGACGGCUUCUCCCUGGCGACCUCAACGCGCACCGAGUUGUGCCACCAGAUACGACCUCACAUCCUCUACUAGAGGACUUGCGUCGUCUUAUGCUGCAGGGUCCACACGCCACUAGGCCAGCAGCCACUGCGCUCGGAGCUAGCACCUGUCGACAUCAGCGCACGUUACCUGGCGUUGACAGCGCCGCCCAACCCCCCUCCUUUCUUUUUCUGGGAACGCUAUUUCUUCAUCUUCACGAUAGUUUCUUUCGUUGUUUUUGGUAUGUUCGUUAAUUUAUUUGCGUCUUUCACAUGCUAACUACAGUUGCGCGAUUUAUAUUGUUUGAUUAUAUUUCGACGACAGAUAAGCUAGAUGUUUUUUCUCUUCAUUUCAAAGUAUAUCGUUUUAGUGCGUACUGCGCGUGCUCGCUUGUUGCGGUAGCCGCGGGCUAAGAAUCUUGCAAGGACCACGAUACACAACUUAAUAAGAGAGCGCGCGAAUUCGGGCGUGUAUGAU